AUGUCAGACACCGUCAACAAUGGCCAGGUCAAGGCCAUCCCAAUGGAAGAGAUCCAGUCCACAUUCGGCUCCAACAGCAUCGAUCUGAUCAGCAAACCUCUUGGCUCCCGUAUCCUCUCCUUCUCCGAUGAAUGGUUUGCGGCCGCCGAGAACCUCACCACCCCUACUGCACCAAUUCGCAAACCCGGCGUCUUCGUCUUCUCAGGAGCCUGGUACGAUGGCUGGGAGACUCGCCGUCACAAUCCCGAGCCUUUCGACUGGGUAGUCUUCCGCUUGGGCGUUGCCUCCGGCAGAGUCAAGGGUGUCGAGAUCGACACUGCGUUCUUCAAUGGCAACCAUGCGCCAGAGGUUGCUGUACAGGGCUGCUUUGCCUCUGACGACAGAGAAGAAGAAAUCAAGAGCAAGGACUUCAACGAGUGGGAAACCAUUCUUCCAAUCCAGGAAUGUGGGCCUUCGCAACGACACGCAUGGCUGCUUCCCUCCAUCACAAAACCUUACACACACAUCCGUCUCCAAAUGUUCCCUGACGGCGGCAUUGCUCGUUUCCGUCUUUACGGCGACGUCCAAGCCGUUCUCCCCAAAGACACAUCAGCAGUCUUCGACCUCGCAGCCACCGUCAACGGCGGCGUAGCAAUCCAAUGCUCCGACCAACACUUUGGCACAAAAGACAACCUGCUGCUCCCCGGCCGCGGCAAAGACAUGGGCGAUGGCUGGGAAACCAAACGCACGCGCGGCGAACACAUUGACUGGUGCAUCAUCCGUCUCGGCACCACCGGCCACAUCUCCAAAUUGCUGAUCGAUACCGCACACUUCAGAGGCAACUUCCCGCAAAAGGUGCAGGUGUUUGCAGCCGAGGCUGGAGAGGCUCCUGCGCAUGAUAGCGGCAAGUGGAUCGAGAUCUUGAGUCCGCAGAAGACGGGUCCGGACUUUGAACAUGUUUAUGAGGGAGAUUUGUUGAAGGAGGUGCAGGGCAAGGCUUAUGGUUACGUCAAGUUGGUCAUGAUUCCUGACGGCGGUAUCUCGAGAAUCAAGGUCUUUGGUAGUAAGGCUGUGUAA